AUGACUAGCUUCUUACAGUACAUUUCUAGUGAAGUAAACCCACCCAGUGAUGAAACAGAUUCUUCCUCUGCUCCUUCCAAAGAACGAUUAGAGCAGGAAAAACAAAAACUGCUUCUUUCCUUCAAGCCACUAAUGCAGAAGUUCCUUCAUGAUCACGUUGAUCUACAAGUCAGUGCCCUCUAUGCUCUUCAGGUGCACUGCUACAACAGCAACUUCCAAAAAAGCAUGUUAUUCCACUUUUUUGUUCAUUUCUCUGACAUGGAAAUUAUUGAAGAAAAAGCUUUCUUGACUUGGAAAGAAAAUAUAAUACAAGAGUUUCCAGGGAAAUACAGGGCUGUAUUCCAGGUAAAUCAGUGGCUAAGCUGGCUAGAAACUGCUGAAGAAGAAGAAUCAGAGGAAGAAGCCUACUAA